AUGUUCCCCAAUGGCACCGCCUCCUCUCCCUCCUCCUGUAGCCCCAGCCCAGGCAGCUGUGGCGAAGGCGGCGGCAGCAGGGACCCCGGGGCCGGAGCUGCAGACGGGAUGGAGGAGCCGGGGCGAAAUGCGUCCCAGAACGGGACCUUGAGCGAGGGCCAGGGCAGCGCUAUCCUCAUCUCUUUCAUCUACUCCGUGGUGUGCCUGGUGGGGCUGUGUGGGAACUCCAUGGUCAUCUACGUGAUCCUGCGCUACGCCAAGAUGAAGACGGCCACCAACAUCUACAUCCUCAACCUGGCCGUCGCCGACGAGCUGCUCUUGCUCAGCGUGCCCUUCCUGGUCACCUCCACGUUGCUUCGCCACUGGCCCUUCGGCGCGCUGCUCUGCCGCCUCGUGCUCAGCGUGGACGCGGUCAACAUGUUCACCAGCAUCUACUGUCUUACUGUGCUUAGCGUGGACCGCUACGUGGCCGUGGUGCACCCCAUCAAGGCAGCACGCUACCGCCGGCCCUCCGUGGCCAAGGUGGUGAACCUGGGCGUGUGGGUGCUAUCGCUGCUCGUCAUCCUGCCCAUCGUGGUCUUCUCGCGCACGGCGGCCAACAGUGACGGCACGGUGGCCUGCAACAUGCUCAUGCCCGAGCCCGCCCAGCGCUGGCUGGUGGGCUUCGUGUUGUACACUUUCCUCAUGGGCUUUCUGCUGCCCGUCGGGGCCAUCUGCCUGUGCUACGUGCUCAUCAUCGCCAAAAUGCGCAUGGUGGCCCUCAAGGCCGGCUGGCAACAGCGCAAGCGCUCAGAGCGCAAGAUCACCCUGAUGGUGAUGAUGGUGGUGAUGGUGUUUGUCAUCUGCUGGAUGCCUUUCUAUGUGGUGCAGCUAGUCAACGUGUUCGCAGAGCAGGACGACGCCACGGUGAGCCAGCUGUCGGUCAUCCUCGGCUAUGCCAACAGCUGCGCCAACCCCAUCCUCUAUGGCUUCCUUUCAGACAACUUCAAGCGCUCUUUCCAGCGCAUCCUUUGCCUCAGCUGGAUGGACAACGCCGCCGAGGAGCCAGUCGACUACUACGCCACGGCCCUCAAGAGCCGCGCCUACAGUGUGGAGGACUUCCAGCCUGAGAACCUGGAGUCCGGCGGCGUCUUCCGUAAUGGCACCUGCACGUCCCGGAUCACUACUCUCUGAGCCCGGGCCAAGCAGGGGCUUUGUACCAGGAGAAGGGGAGGAUGAGGAGAAAGGAAGGCCGGGUGCGAGAGGUGAAAGUAUCCCAGGAGUCAGGGUGCAAUGGGAAAAGUGGGGCUAGGACACUGUGCGCUUCUGGUGGAGACCCGGGAAAGGCGCGCGACAAAGGUGGAAUUGGACGCUUUGCUUAUAAACUGGAAAGACUAGCGGGGCCCUUUCUCCUCUUUCGCUUCUUCCUCCCCUGCGAUUGUACUUCUGCGUCCCUCUUUGCCCCUCCCUUGGCAAUUUCGGUCUUUCUUUCCGCCCCGUCCUACCGGUGCAGAUCGUGAACUUAUUAACGUCGCCAGCUGAGC